AUGACCAGUGCCCAGUAUGCCUUGGUGCCGGUCACCCAGACCUUCGGCCGAAGGCUGCUCUCGACAACCUGUUCCGCUCUCAGACAGCCUCCUGCUGCGAACCUCUCACGAAGACGAGUAAUUCAUCGACGCGGCAUCUGUCAUAGUCCGGCUACAGCCUUCUCCCCAUUGUCGAUUCCUCAACAUCCGAGCAGAGGCGAAUCUCGAGAAGCGUCGUCCAGAGGACCAAAGCAGGGCUUCACUGCACCCACCUCAUCGAUCAGUCUGUCCGACGAGCCAUUCCAUGAAUGGCCAGGAAUACAGGAAUUGAGGGCCCAGCCUGAUUCUGAAUACGGCCUUCGAAGCGAUGAAGGAGAGGCGUAUGCUGCUACUGAAGUGGACCUCGAUGCCGAAAAUGGGGAGAAGGACAAACAGAAUUUCCUUCGGAAGCGGCUUGACAGUUUCAUUUCUAUAUUCAUGCCCUCGCGCGCUCGUCAAAAAAUCGAUCUGUCAUACAAAAAUCCGAUUGAAUGGGAACAGAAUCUUCGCAAGCUCGAAAGCCCGGCGACUUUAGAAUUCAGGUCCUCGACCCCUCUUCGAAGGUUGCUCCUCGAAUACCUCCUCCACGUAGAGCCAUAUAUCGGUGGUUCUCUCUCUCAAAGCUCGCCCAAUGUCGACAGCCGUCUAGAUCAUGCUCUGGAAACUGUUUUCACUGAGGAAAAUAUAACAAUACUGAACACAAUCGGAUACAGUGUGACUGAUGUGGUAUCCUGGGCCUGGAUCUUCACGUCUCGCAGUAUAGAGGUUGCUGUUCAAAAGUACGUUACGCUGGCAACGACACAACGCGUCGCCAAGAGUGGACAGAUUCCAAAAUUCAUCUUGUUGCAGAUCCUACGCGCUCCACAAGUCAAUGCAUUCGCUCUCAAACAGCUGAUUGAAAGCAUUGUAGCUGAGCUUCACCUAUGCAAAGCCGCAAAAAGAUAUCCUGGAUGGGGCUGGACUACAAGGGUAUGCCUUGUGGUUCGACUACUCAGGCAUGCUCGCCAGGUGGCACCUGAGAGCUUCAAGGAUAUCAGCAUGAUUGUUGAACACCUUUUCUCGGAUUUCUACAAAAUUAAUGGCCGCUCAGUUGAGGCAGCAGAACUGAAACGCCUGUCCCACGUCUUCAACCGCUUUUUGACAUUGAUUUCUGUUUCAUCGUCUAGGACAUUCAGUUCGUACCUUGUGAAACAGAAUGCACAACUAUCUCUUGUCCGACUUAUGGUUGGAUUCAAACCUCAGAUACCUCUUACAAGAGAAGGCUACCGAGCUCUUAUCACGGUUCAAUUACAGCACCCAAAAACUGAACAAGAGCGUGCCUGGGCUGAGACUAAAUCAUUAUCUUGGCCCCCAUGGCGACGAAUCAAUUCCGGCAUUGAGCAGGAUCUCCAGUACCCUGGCAAAGAAAGCCGAGCGAUGAAGCUGCUCAGACGGAUGAAUCAAGCAGGGUAUAGCCAUGGCGCAUGGGAGAAGAGUGCUGCUAUCCUGGCAGGAUGGGACACAGAUAAAAGUCCAACAAUCCAAACCAGGGCAAACUUGAGAUUGCCGCGCCAAGCUUGGAAGAUUAAGAAGCAAAACAUCGACGCUCUUGACAGUUCAUCUCACGAAGCUGCGGAGAUCUGGGCAGCACGGGUCCAAGCUACGAGAACUAAACGAGAGGCAUGGGCGUGCUUCCUUUCCUAUGAACGAAACACUGAGCUAUCCAAAAGACGGUAUCAACCAUAUUUCGCCAUGUGCCACAAACUACUGGCCUCGACUGCUACCUUUGAUUCAGUUCUUGGUUCCCGGCACCUUGCAGGAGAUAUAAAAGAGGUAUUUGAAGAGCCCGUUAGUCCUCGAGAUGUAACGUAUGUGGACCGAGAAGUGCCUUCACUCAGCGAAUUCUACAAUGACAUGCUACAAGUAGGCAUCGUUCCAGGAGGCAGGUUACUCGGUGAUUUACUGGAUCAGGCUCCCGACAUCGAAGCUGGGUUCGCCUAUAUUCAGGAUAGCCGCUGGGACGAAGUGACUAAGGAUGUUCUGCGACAUGCGGAGAACUAUACCCCCAUGAUCAUACGUGAUACACUUGGCCGAGUGCCUCAUCUCUGUCUCGCAGCUUUUGUACAUCUGCUGUCGAGACACGGAUUUGACAGUGCCCCGGAUUUUGCGGUUAUGAGCGAAAAGUACAACGAGCAUACUGGUCAGUGGAUGGAAGCAAAGCGAUUUGUCAAUCCUCUAACCUAUGCAAUUGUAUUGCUGCGGGUUGGAGAAUGCAAGAAUACUCUGGUCUGGAAUGCUUUUGUCAGAGGGGCGUGGGCAUCUGUUCGCAACAACAAUGUCAAGGUCAGAGAUGGAUUUUUGACACACCUAGACAAGCGCCACAUGGAUCACCAAAUCUGGGAUUUUCUACGGAACCAGUUCAACCCCGAACAGACGGACCUCGAGAUACACCCAGACCUUGAAUCCUUUCGUCUCAUGGCGGGAAUCCUCAUUUUCAUGAUCAAGGAAGCGAAUCAUGGGCGAAUGCGUGUUGACAGCACAGAAAUUGGGUCCCUUGCCAAAGCGACGUUUCUCAGGGCUGUCUAUGGACGCAACUUUCCACGUUUUCUACCUUCACGCUCAGAGUCAGUUUUGAGACUUCCAGAGCCCAGUGAUCUGCAAUUGGUGGUCAGAUUACUCGUCUCUGUCAGCGAUACCGAGGGUCUCGUCGCCGUGGUUGAAUGGAUCAAUUCCCACGCUGAAUCAUAUGGGUCAAAAGUCAAUGCAGGGGACGAGAUUAUCACUCGAGACAAAACUACAGUGUCACUUCGAUGUGUUCUCUGUAUAGUGCGAUUGUUCCUGGAAGGGUGUCCUGCUACUGCAGACGCCGAACAGCUUCAUCACUUUGGGACUCCUCUGACUGUGCCUGCGUAUGUGAUUCAGAAGGCCAAGAAUGCAUGUGGACGUCUCAAGUGGCCAUCUGACCAAGAGAUCGAGAUGUUUCUGUCUCGCGAAUCGGAAUGGAUGAAGCGUGUUGCAAAGGCUGUGAAAAGGCCAAGAAAUGAACGAUUGACGAAUGCCGAUGUGCCUCAACAGUCUCGUCAUCAAGCUGAAGAUCAGACCUGGGAUGCCCGGCAAGAAGGAGGAGGUGUACGAGCCGGAGGAGCCGGAGGAGACCUUGACCACACCAACACCUCGGUUCCAAUUCGAAAACAUAUAUCUUAG